GUUGCUCUCAAGUACAAGAAGCGCGAUGGUAUAUGUUGCAAUCCCUCUCAAACAUCCCCUCUCUCUCCAACGGCGUGCGGUCGUCCAACGCUCUUGGCUCGUGGAAAACCACACCCCUGCAACAAAACCAUUUGUUUACCUGGUUGCCAUCCCGUCGCGAAACCCCUACUAAACUUCACGACCACGAAACAUCGCUUCAACAUUUCCGCGCACGCCACGAGCCAACUCGUAAUUUGUCGAUUGAAUGAAGAAUGAUAUAUAACAUCUAGACGCCCACCUCUACGACACCAACAGCGCCGACAUACCCCGGACAUGGAGACGGAUAACCUGCGCACCGCGUCGGUGUACAUCAACAACUUACUCUUAUCGCGCGGCCUACUGAAGAAUGGACAGAACCUUGAUUUUGCGCACCCCGAGCAAGGGGAAGGGGGCUCAGAAGGAACAAUGGGGAGGAUUAUGGGGGUAGUCAAUGAUUUGAUCCUGCGACGAGACCGCGACGCAACCCAGCGCGAAAACCUCUCCAACACAAUCCGCACCCUCCGCGCCGACGCCCUGCGCCAAACCACCGACCUCACCCGUCUCCAAACCAAGCACGCCGAAGCGCAGCGAAAACUCGGGCUCUCUGAAGCGACAGAGCGGGCGCUAAGAGCUCAAUUACGUGGCGCGGAGGGCGCGGCGAGAGGCUUGCGCGAGGAGAUGGGACGGAUGCGGGUGCUGGUUGGGCAGGCGAGGGCGCUGUGCGCGAACGAGGUGAGGAAGAGGGAGAGGGUUAUUGAGGGGUUGAAGAAGCAUGUUGGGGAGGGGGGACGGGCGAGGGGGAGCGGAAAGACGGUGGGGGUUGCGACUGUUACGGUUUUAGCGGGGGUUGGGGGGGAGGAUGGGGGGGAGGGAGGGGUGGUGGCGGUGGGGGAGAGUGAUUAUGAUCUUAGGCAGGAGACGAAUGAGUUUUUGACGGAGCUGGCGAAGGGGUUGAGUGAGGAGAGCGAGAAUUUGGGGAUGUUGCUUAGGACGACGGUGGAGAGUUUGAAGGCGCUUUCGGGGUGGGAGGGGGAGGAGCGGGGGGGGAGGGGGGCGGAGUUGGUGAUUAGUGUUGAUGGCAGUUAUGAGAAUGUUGCGGCGGAGAUUGAUUCGGUGAUUGAGCACCUCCGGACGCUUUUGACGAAUCCGAGCUUCGUGCCUCUUGAGGAGGUGGAGGUGCGCGAGGAUGAGAUUAUUCGUCUUAGAGAGGGGUGGGAGAGAAUGGAGUCGAGGUGGAGGGAUGCGGUAAGGAUGAUGGAUGGGUGGAGGAAGAGGAUGGCGACGAGUGGACAGACUGUUAAUCUGGAGGAGCUGAAGGCUGGUCUGGAGCUGAGACCGGUCAGGGACCUAUGCGGCAAGGACCAGAAUACCCAGGACUUGGAGGAUGGCUAUGAAGAGGGCGAUACGCAGGCGGAUAUCGAUGCCAUGGACGACUCGCAGGUUCCAGGUGGAGAGGAUCUGACGCCAGAUCUGGAUGAAAUGAGCGAUGCCAGCUCGUUUGAAGAGGAGCCUGAAGACUUCGUUGUGGAGCCGACACCCCAAAUAACGGCUCCACCCGUGCCGACAGCGAAGCCUGUGGAAGAUGAGAUUGAGGAACAAAAGCAGAAACGAAGCGGGCGCGAACGGCGGGUCGAGCUCAGUAGUAGCCUCAACACACAAGAAGACAACAAGAAGAAGCGGAAACUCGACCCUCAUGCCCCUCCAAGCUCAACCUCGCGGGUUUCGAAACCGCGAACAGAUAGUAGCUCAGACAUCAGCAGCUCGCGUCGUACACCAGCACCACGCAAAGAGCAGGUCGCUGAAAGACAACCAGAGCCAGAAAUGGCUCCCGCGCCCUCAUCGUCCCCUGGCCCACCACCACAACUCUCGCCCCUCCGCCCAAUCCCCGACCCCAACCACAGGCGCAACAGCGAAUUCACCACCAUCGUCGAAGAAAACACCUGGGACUUCGCCCAAAUGGAGCGGUCUGACCCUGCCCCGCCAUCCGACGAGAUAUCCCUCCUCAAAACCUCUAAUGCGCACCACGACGCACCCCCGUUGAUGACCGAGCAAUCCGCCCGCCAGGGUGCUUCCACGCCCCUAAAAUUAACCGGCGCCUCGCGACCCCCCCGCCCGGCCUCGGCGAUGGCCCAGGAGAGCCCGCUGACUAUGGCGAGUAUAGCCGCGAAACUGGCGGCGACGGAGCGGGAAGCGGAUGCGGCGCGUGUGCGUGCUAAGUUGAAGGCGGCGAAGUUGAGUUCUGCGGCUGCGGCGACGAAUUUAGCACCCCCGUCGAGAAGGAGUGGGGAGGAGGGGGAGAGGGAGCCGGUUAAGGGCGGGGAUCUUGGGGGGGGGAGGAGGUGGAGGUUCCGAGGAAGAGGAAGGCGGCGGGGAGGUUGGGGACGAGGGCGAGUAGGAGGAGGAGUACGUUGA